AUGUCUCAUCAAGCUCCCGCAAAGUACAACUUUUUCAAAGGCCAUCCUUCUAUCGAUCUCUUACCCAACAAAGAGAUCAUCGAGGCUUCCAAAAAUGUUCUAUCCAGAUUUGAUAAUUCUAUGGACAACUACGACGGGGUUAAUAACACGCAUCCGUUGAAUUACGGCACAGAUCCUGGCAAUCUUGAGGUCAGAACCCUGAUCGCCGACUGGAACGAUAAGAAGUUUGAACUCAAAACAAAGACUGACCCCGACUGUCUCAACCUAACCUCGGGUUCAUCAUACGGGAUCAUGAAUAUUUUAGCUCAGUUCUCAUCUGCGCAUAAUGGAGUCACGCGUAGAGCAUUUCUUGUCAGUCCUACGUACUUUCUGAUGAACGCCAUAUUCAUCGAUGCUGGAUUUGGAGGCAAAAUGACAUCCAUAGAAGAGGAUGAAAAUGGCCAGAUUGACAGCGAAACGCUCAAGCGGAAACUGGAGCUUUAUGACUCUCGCGAACCGGUUGCAAAGUCUAUCUCAGAAAAAGAUAUCGCUCAUAUUCAUGAUCCAGAUAGACCGUUGAAGAAAAUAUACAGAUACAUUAUGUAUAUUGUGCCUACAUUCUCAAAUCCUCGGGGUGGGACGUUGAGCCAAGAAAAUAGACAGCGUUUGAUUGAGCUUGCCAGAAAACACGACAUGCUGAUUAUCUGCGAUGACGUGUAUGAACUAUUAGAUUUCCAUAAUAAAGUGCCACAUAAGAGGAUGGUAUACCUAGACAGGGAGACACUGCCUGAAGGCGAAGAAUAUGGUAACGUUAUCUCCAAUACUACAUUUUCCAAGAUUCUUGGUCCAGGUCUGCGAACUGGCUACCAAGAAUCUGCCACCCCAAAACUUGCCUAUUUGCUCUCCCAAGGAGGUGCAACUAGGUCUGGUGGUACCCCCUCACAAUUGAACACAGUGAUAGUUGGCGAGCUCUAUAGAAUGGGAGCAAUUGACAACAUACUUGCCAGGCUUAACUCUACUUAUUCUAAACGCGCGGCCGCUUUGAAUGAGGCCCUUCAAAAGUACUUGCCAAAAGGUACUCGAAUUUCUCCAAUAAACGGCGGCUAUUUCAACUGGGUCGUUCUUCCAGAGAACAUUGAUGCUCAAGAAGUUGCGGACAAGUGUCGGAAAAGGGGUGUCGUCCUUGCUACCGGAGACAACUUUGAAGUGACUGGGGACCCUAAAGGAUGGGGUAAGAAAAGUGUUCGAAUGAGCAUCAGUCAUCUAGAUGCGGCCAAGAUUGAGGAGGGGGUCAGAAUUUGGGGAGAAGAAUGCGGAUAA